GUUCACUGAGGAUAAAAAUGAAGAAUAUAUUGAAAAAUCUCCAUGUGGUAAUAUCAUUUCUUUGGAUCAAUUGCGCAAAAGAUAGUUUAUAGCAUCCUACAAAAUCUCUUGGCCGCUAAUAUAAAUGAUAGAAUUGGAUUAAACAAAGAAAGUCGGUAGAUCAGUGAUUAUAAAUCAAUUACGCCCAUUUCUGCGAGUGUAGUACUUGUCCGAUAUAACGAAGCUUGAACAGCAUGAAUAUAGGUUUAAGUUGAAGGGAAUGUAUUCCCAGGUAAAAGUGAAUAACAUUGGCUUAAUAAAUGGGCCAAUUACUGUAAUGCAUAAUACGAAAGAUUCAAAAAAUGCAGAUGCUACAUAUUCAAUGAUAGCAAAUCAUGACCAUACUAAGAACUCAUCUGUCAUGGAAUAUUUAUCACCAUUGGAAAAUGAGCUUUUCUUUCUCCCCCUAUGUUGGAGCUGGAAUUGGUGUAACAAGAAUAAAAAUAUUAAAACAUCAAUUAGACCUGUACAUCAAUCGAUAACUGGUCUUAAUUACCAAAUAAUUAAAGAUACAGAUAUCUAUAUUGGAUGCAGACAUUUUGGUCUUAUUGGCGGUAAUUUUGACGAAUUUACAACUUCGAAAAAAAUAGAGGUUCCGGCUAAAGCUGGAAAGCCAAAAACAUUAGUUUUAAACAAGAUGAUAGUAUUACUACUAAUUUAA